AGAGAAGGGUUUUAGUUCCAGAGCAGAGCACUGCGAGCUCGCGCUGUUGUCACGCUUACUGUAACUGUCGUUGGUGUCGGCCUCUCCAAGGGAUCUUCUCCUCCUCGUGCUUCCAUCUUCUCCCGUUCUUUCCGCGGAGCCGCCGAACAUGGUAUGCUUGGUUCUGUCGCUUGGUAUCGUGUUUAGUGAUUCGUGUGAACUCUGAUGGACGAUGGGUUUUCUCUUUAUUGACCGAAUCCAUUCGAUCCGUGCAGCCUCGACCGGAUGACGACUAGCCCGCCGGAUAGCGGGUUCAGGCGGCUUUCACGACUUUCACCUUCUGCCCACGCGGAACUCGAUCGUAUCGCCGAUCCACUCCUCAGCCGAGCUCCGUCGCCUUGGGCGGUCCCGCUGUUUCAUUCGGCGCAGCUGAGCCCGAGCUCCGUCGAGAUUCCUCCCCCCGCCCAAUCGCUCCCCAAUCAGUGACAGCGAUGAGCAAAAGGAAGCGACCGGACUCGAAAGCUCCUGCUCAGUCCAUGACUGAGCAAGAGAAGAUACUCUACAAUCUGAUCCAGAGCAAGCAAGACUUGGGCAUCUGGUCGAGGGACAUGAAGCGGGAGACCAGGCUCCCCGACAACGUCGUUGAUAAGUCCCUCAAGUCCCUUCUCGGCAGAGGUCUGAUCAAGGAGGUGGUCAAUGUCCAGUUCAAGGGGCGGAAGCACUUCCUCGCCUCCGAGUUCGAGCCCUCCCCGGAGAUCACCGGCGGGCAGUGGUACAACGACCAAGGGAGCCUCGACUCUGAGUUCAUCAACUUCCUCAAGGACCAGUGCCUGAAGCACAUCAGGAAUCUGAAGGUCUCGACGGUGGACACCGUCGCGGACGCCGUCCGGCGGUCCAGGGUCCUGAAGGACGACUACUCGAGCCAGCAGAUCGGGGACAUUGUGAGGGCACUGGUUUUGGACAACGACGUGAUCGAAAUGAGGAGCAAUGGACUUGGGGAGUUUGCUUCCAUCCCGACUGGUAGGGUGUGUUACAAGUGCAGGAGGUUGCCCGAUGCCACGAAGGAGCACAGGGUGGGGGCAAUGGCUUCAAUACCUUGCGGGGUGUGCCCGCGGAUAGCCCACUGCACGCCCGGCGGCAUCAUUUCUCCGACGACUUGCGAGUAUUAUCGUAAGUGGCUGGAUUUUUGAUGGGCUAGUUUUGGAUUUUCACCUAAUGGGAACUCCCAGAACAUGACCACAUUGAGAUGGAUACCAAAGAAAUUGACGGUUGACCAUUA